AUGGAAGUGAACAAUGUCAGCGCCUCUGAAACACGCAGAGCUAUUUUGGAGAAGAGCCGCCUGGGACGUUUCUGACUUUUUUGGGAGCUAGGGCGAAUCAUGAAGCGAAGAAAACACUUUGGCACCCCAGAGGAAACCACAGCGUGCUGAAAUGAGGACAAAAAAACCGCGGUGACCCCUUGACGCGUGCCAUGGAGCGCAUCGGUCACUUCAAACCAACUCAAGCAAGUCAUGUCCAGGCAGCGAUGAACGCCUCAACGAACGGCACCAACGUCACGCACUCGAGCAAAGCGGACGAAAAGGAGCUGAGCCUCGUGUUCCAGGUCACUUUAGCCUCCGUGCUCGCCCUCAUCACGCUCGCCACGGCACUGUCCAACGCGUUCGUCAUCGCCACCAUCUCGCGCUCGAGGAAGCUCCACACGCCGGCUAACUUCUUGAUCGCCUCGCUCGCGGUCACCGACCUGCUCGUAUCCGUGCUAGUGAUGCCCAUCAGCGCGCUCUACACGGUGAGCCACACGUGGUCGCUGGGACAGGUGGCGUGCGACGUGUGGCUGUCGUCGGACAUCACCUGUUGCACCGCGUCCAUCCUGCACCUGUGCGUCAUCGCGCUGGACCGCUACUGGGCCAUCACAGACGCGGUGGGCUACGCCAAGCGGCGCACGGUCACGCGCGCGGCCGGCAUGGUAGCCACGGCAUGGGUCAUCGCCGUGUCCAUCUCGGUGCCCCCGUUCUUUUGGCGCCAGGUGAAGGCAGGCGAGGUGACCAGCUGCGCCGUGAACUCGGACCACGUCUUCUACACCAUCUACUCCACGUUCGGCGCCUUCUACCUGCCCACGCUGCUGCUCGUCGCGCUCUACGGCAGGAUCUACGUGGAGGCGCGGAGGCGCAUCCUCAAGCAGUCGCCCAAGAAGACGGGCAAAAGGCUGACGGCGGCGCGCCUCGCGCCCAGCUCCCCGGGCUCCGCGUCCUCCACGGCUCCUCUGCAGUGCGCCUCGGACCCCGACUGCCACGUGCAGAUCACCGUGACCGACUCCCUGCUGGAGAAGAAGCGGAUCUCCGCCGCGCGCGAGAGAAAAGCGACCAAAACUCUGGGCAUCAUUUUAGGGGCCUACAUCGUCUGCUGGCUGCCCUUUUUCAUUUACACGCUCUUGGGGCCCCUGUGCCCGUCCUGCCCCUUGCACCCAGAGCUCUUUGACUUUUUCACAUGGCUCGGCUACCUCAACUCACUCAUCAACCCCAUCAUAUACACGAUGGCAAACGACGACUUUAAAAAGGCUUUCCAAAAACUCGUGAGCUUUAGGUGUUGCACGUCCUGAAAGCAGGAGGAAACACAGGAUUAAAGCAGCGUCUAAAUGGUGCAAGACAAAAAAGUGCUGCGUGAUCCGCAACUCGGGUGAUGUUGAGUGUCCUCGUAACGUAGCCUACAAAACGUGGUUGCGAUAUCGUGUCAGUGUUGCAUUGUCGUUCUUUUGCAUUCAUAAAAACGUCAGUAAAAUUGCUGUUAUGUUACUGCUGAGCAAACUGGAGAAUGCCGACAAGAAAUAAAUCACUCAGUGCUGAAUUAUUGGUCCUACAGAUGAGGAACACAGCCUACGUCUUUCUUUCUUUCGGCCUUGCCUGCACACAUCUGGCUUUAAACCAUUCCGAACACCUGGAUUUAAUAUGCCAGUGGUACGUAUUGCAAACAAAAGCAGCCGUGAAAAUUUCACAAUCCACAUCAAGGUCAAAUGCGCUGUUUGCCAGGUGCUGUUUGCUCAGUAGCUGUUAUGAAGAGUUAAAUGGAGGUGAGCCUUACUGUACAAACAAGCAGGUUUAUCUUUAUGCCCGAUAUGGACAAAGAAGAAGAAGAAAUGACAUAAUAAACCGUCUUGCAGGUUCUCUAGUGCCAUUAGUUUCACUAUCAAUCCAUCAAUAAUGGUAUGUGUUGACAAUACCUGUAUGGAGAUUCAGGCAGACUCACAUUAUGCACUAUAUAUAUAUAUAUAUAUAUAUAUAUAUAUAUAUAUGUGUGUGUGUGUG